UGGACCCGUCGGACGCUUGUUGUUGUCGGGCCGGGGGAGGCGGAGGUCGCUGUUUCGUUCUCUGGCUGGUGCGAUCUCGGCGGUCCGCGGCAGGUCGGUCGCGAAAGCGGACGCUGCAGGGGGGCAAGGCUAUGUCGCGGCUGCAGCCCGUAUGGGCCGGCAGGGCCUGGAGUAACGGGACGUCGCCGCGAAGCUUCUUCCCCCGGAUACAGUGCGGCCCUAGUGGAGGCCGCGGCGCCGCCCUCCAGUCCUGAAGAACCCGCGCUGCGCAGAGCCCGCGCCGCCGUCACCUCGGCACCGACACUAAGCAACCCAGCUAGCUUGGCUUGAUCUAGCCCAUUUUUGGCAGGUAGCGCUGCACUAGUCCCACUGGCACAAGAAGCUCCCUUCCCAAAGGACAUGAAGCUAUUGGAGAACUCCAGCUUUGAGGCCAUCAACUCACAGUUGACAGUGGAGACUGGAGAUGCCCAUAUUAUUGGCAGCAUGUUUCAUGGCCCUGCCUGCGUCUUUUAGGAUCGAAAGCUACUCCUGUAAGAUGGCGGGCGACGAUAAGCAUAUGUUUAAGCAGUUCUGCCAGGAGGGCCAGCCCCAUGUGCUGGAGGCACUGUCCCCGCCCCAGACCUCAGGCCUCAGUCCCAGCAGACUGAGCAAGAGCCAGGGUGGUGAGGAUGAAAGUCCUCUAAGUGACAAGUGCAGUCGUAAGACCCUCUUCUAUCUGAUUGCCACCCUCAACGAGUCCUUCCGGCCAGACUAUGACUUCAGCACAGCCAGAAGUCACGAAUUCAGCCGGGAGCCAAGCCUCCGCUGGGUGGUAAAUGCGGUCAACUGCAGCCUGUUUUCAGCUGUUCGGGAAGACUUCAAGGCCCUGAAGCCACAGCUGUGGAAUGCAGUGGACGAGGAAAUCUGCUUGGCUGAAUGUGACAUCUACAGCUAUAACCCAGAUCUAGACUCUGACCCCUUUGGGGAAGAUGGAAGCCUCUGGUCAUUCAACUACUUCUUCUACAACAAGCGACUUAAACGAAUCGUCUUCUUUAGCUGCCGCUCCAUCAGUGGCUCCACCUACACACCCUCAGAGGCAGGCAACGCACUGGACUUGGAACUGGGGGCAGAAGAGGUUGAUGAAGAGAGUGGAGGUGGAGGCGGUGAGGGCAGGGCGGAGGAGACCAGCACCAUGGAGGAAGACAGGGUUCCAGUGAUAUGUAUGUGAUGAGAAGAAGCGGAGGGCCCAGCAUUCCAGCUUCGACCAGUGCCUGGACCUGUCUACCCGAGGAGCUCCAGAGACUCCCCAGAUGCCGGCUACGCCUUGGCACUGCCUAAGGCUAUACCUGCCUAGCCCUUUGGUUUCAGCCUGUGGAUGUCCACUCACCCCUGCAGGCUCCUACUGCCCAUGCUGUGGCUGGAUCAAGCAGCACGGGGUCUGAUAGAAAAAGUGACUGCUCUGCACCAACGGUCUGUCACAGACAGGACAGCUGGACCACAGAGUUUAUUUUUGUAUUUCUUAUUGGGCCUGUACACUCCAGCUCUAAGGGCCAGUAGUUUGAAGGCCCUAUAAGUGGUGCCCAGUGUUUAUGGGGUCUGGUCUUUGACCAACCCUUGGUGCCCACUUUUGCCCCCCCACUUCACCAGGUGGGACACAUGCACUGAGUGUCACUUUGCUGCAGCUCAUUUGUUUCCAAUAAAAGUUUCUGUGACUUAGA